AUGGUGAGCGGAAGCUUUAGCCGGAGCACAUCCGCGCGGCUCACAGCGAGGGGCGGCGUUGGGAGCCCGCGGGUCUCGACGCCGGGAGCCGCGCACCGGAACUGGUACUGGGCGGCGGCGCCGUCGGGGCCGUCGUUCGAUCACGUCGUCUUGGCCUUCUUCCUGGCCUCCGUCGCGCUCGUGCUCUCCUGCGCUCUGUACCUCUACGUGUUCCGGUACUUGGGCCGGGGCCGUGUGGUCGCCGAGUUCGCCGGCGGCGAGAAUCUCGAGUCCUGCGACGUGUUCGACGGCGUCUGGGUGCCGGAUCAGGGGCCCCUUGUACAACAGCUCGCAGUGCCCGUUUGCGGAGAGGGGUUCAAUUGCCUGGCCAAUGGGAGGAAGGACACCGAGUACCUCAAGUGGCGGUGGAAGCCUCGGGGAUGCGAUUUGCCGCGGUUCAGUGCCCGGGCUCUGUUGCAGUGGCUGAGAGGGAAGAGGGUCGUGUUUGUGGGGGACUCCAUGAGCCGAACGCAGUGGGAGUCCUUCAUUUGCAUGCUCAUGACAGGGGUGGAUGAUCCACAGACGGUUUAUGAGGUUAAUGGCAACCAGAUCUCAAAGACAAUCCGGUUUUUAGGAGUGAGAUUUGAGUCCUUCAACCUCAGUGUGGAGUUCUUCCGGUCCGUUUUCCUUGUGCAGCAGAUCCCUGCGCUUCGCCAUGGGCGCAGAAGGGUCCGUGCCAUCCUCAAGCUUGAUAAGUUGGAUGAUUUAAGUCAGAAAUGGGCAAACUCAGAUGUUCUUAUUUUCAACUCAGGGCAUUGGUGGACUGCCAGCAAAUUAUUUGACAUGGGUUGCUAUUUUGAGGCUGGAGGUGUUCUUAAACUAGGAACAUCCAUUAAUGCUGCUUUCAAAAUGGCAUUGGAAACUUGGGCUUCAUGGGUGAAAGAGAGAAUCGAUUUAAGGCGAACACGAGUAUUCUUCCGUACAUAUGAACCGUCUCACUGGAGUGGCUUAAAUCAAAAGGUGUGUGAAGUAACAGAACAACCUACAACUGAGGCCAAUGGAAAUGACAGGAGAGAAUUUGGGGAUAUACUUGCUGGUGUUGUGGCAAAUAUGAGUGUCCCUGUGACCAUACUAAAUGUGACUUUGAUGGGGGCCUUCAGAAGUGAUGCUCAUAUUGGCCUUUGGAGUCAUCCUAAUACCAUACUUGAUUGCAGCCACUGGUGCCUUCCAGGAGUUCCAGAUGCUUGGAAUGAGCUUGUAUUCUCCCACCUUUUGACGAAUGCUUUUGCAUCAGCGCCUGCUCCGGUGCUCCCUGUCCUCAGUUCAGCCUGUGGCCGGUGCGCCGACCAUUUCAGUUUGAUCCUCACGGUGGUUGGCCAGAACCUCCGUCACAUGACAGAUCAAACAAACUGCGCUCUUGCUAUGUGGCAGCAGACCACGGUGCGAGGGUACUAUGCAUGUUCACCUGUCGCCGUAGUCUCUUCGUCCAUUUCCAAACCGGCAGGCGGCAGCUAUCGUGCCAAAUUGACUAAUCAGGGUAUCAAUGCACGGUGUGCACCCGACCAUAGAGGCAACCAGGCAGUGCAAGGGGGAAAGUGCCUUCAGGCGUGCCCGGUUGUGCAAUUUAGCAGUGUCCCUGCCGUGCCGUCGACGUUCGCCGGAGCCGUCUGCGGUUGCGGCUCCUCCGUUUGCUAUUAG